ACUUUGAUUUGAUGGACCCAAAUGGAGUUAGAGAAAAAGCAUUAGACCGUUUCAUAAGAUGGAAAAAAGAAACAAUGCCUGGUUUGAUUAAAGAAGUGGAGUCAGGAUAUCUAAGACAAAUCCGCCUUUUAAGACAUAGUUAUGACCCCACUCAGUUGGAAAAUGAUCGAUUUUCUGGUGAAGAACUUGACAACAUGCUGAAACAACCUGUGUCUCCUCUGAGGUCUUCUCCUACAAGGUCUCCAAAGAGGAUUAUUAAACUGAAGGACCUCGAGGACGUAAGCUCAGAUGAGCUUGACUACGAAGACCACACCGAUAGUUCUUCCUCAUCUUCUUCUUCGUCUAGCUCCUCAUCUUCAAGUACAUCUUCUAGUGACUCUAGUGUUGAACCUAGAAAAAAUCUAUCCACUGGAACUCGGAAACGUAAACGUGCCUGGAAGGUUUCACAUUUGUCGUCUUCCAGUGAUAGUGAAUCUGAGGGCGAAUCAGCUGUACCUGAAAAGAAGAACAAAUUAGUGGUGAAUGAUGAUGAAAAUAACAAAUCUAAAAUUACAAAGAAAGAGGGCAGAGUAAAUGUGGUACGGGAAAAAGAAUAUGGAGAUAAGAAAAAUGCAAAACAAAAUUCAGAUGUAGGUAAGAGUGUUAAGCCUGAUAAAAACAUAAACAGAAAUAAGGAAAUAACGAACGAAAAGAAAGGAGAAAGCAAGGAGAAAGAAAAAAAGACAAAUGAAAGUAAAAUAGAAAGUGAUAAAAUGUGUACUAACCCAGAGAAAGGAGAUAAGUUACGAAAAGUGAAAGAGAAGGAGAAAACAAGUGAAUCAGAUAUUGUUAAGAGAAAGACAGUGACUUUAACUGAAAAUACAAAGCAAAAUGAAGGAGAAAUAGCAAGUGAUAAAGGAUGUACUAAACAAGAGAAGAGAGAUAAGUUAAGAAAAGUGAAAGAGAAGGAGAAAACAAGUGAAUCAGAUAUUGUUAAGAGUAAGACAGUGACUUUAACUGAAAAUACAAAGCUAAAUGAUAUGCAAAAUGAAAGUGAAAUAGAAAGUGAUAAAAUGUGUACCAACCAAGAGAAGGAGAAAAUAGGUAAAUUAAAUAUGAGUCAAGGCCAGACAGUGACUGAAAUUAUAAAUAAAACUGAAAAUAAUUGUGAUGAAAACACGGGCGAAAUUGAAAGUAAUACAGAUGGUAGCACAGGAAAUAAUAAUGUGGAAGGUACACUUACCUCAGGACAGCAGACCUUAGAGUCAGUUAUACCCUUAUUACAACGGGCCCAAAAUGAAAGGAUAAUUUUAAAUAUUGGGGGUCAAAGGUUUGAGACAUCUCGGGUAACCCUACAAAGAGAGCCUUGCUCAAUUCUAUCAGAAGUGGUGUCUGAGGGAGGAAUGGUCCCGAAAAAUGGAAAUAUAUAUUUUAUUGACCGUGACCCAGCCCAUUUUCGGUUUGUGCUAAACUACCUAAGGAAUGGGGCGUGUGACUUAAGAACCUUACCCCAUGAUUUAAGGUAUCUAUAUGAGUUGUAUUACGAGGCUAGGUACUAUCGUUUGCCAAGUUUAGUGCAUGCUAUUAUAAGUAAAAUUGAGCAAGUAAGUGUGGUUGGCGCAAAUUUGGAACCAUUGCCUAUGACGGCACAUAAACUAGGACUAUAAUGGGUUAGCAGACAUAAUCAAAUUCAUGUGUUGUAGGGUAAUAAUUAUGUUGUUUUAUUGUACUUUGUAAAAUAAAUGUAAGAGUUUUGGGGACCAAAAGUUUUGUGGACGGGGGCAAUGUAACGACCCAAUGUUAUUAAAAAUAAUAUUGUAUUAUUAUGGUGUAUGUAAAUAUUAUGUAUGUACUAUUGAUUAUGUUUAAAGAUGUAUUUUGAUGGAAUUAGUUUAAGUGCAUUUAAUUUUACCACUCCCCACCCACUUUUAUAUAAAUAAAUGCACCCCGUAUAUUUUGUGUACAUGCAUAUUUUUAUCAAUAUGAUACUGAAUAUGAUUCUUUUGUUACUGUUGAAAUGUUUUCUAUGUCAUUGUUUUUACAUUAUAUAACUUUAAUAACUCCUGGGCAUUGUAUUCACAUUCAUAUUUGUGUAAAUAUAUUUUUCUUGUCAGUGAAUUUAUUAUUUCAGGGACACAUAUUUCACUUAUUAUAUGCUUUCUUGUUUAAAAUGUCAUAUAUAUCAAUAGACUUACCUUGGAUGCUUGAAUUUCCAUCACUGUAAUUCUUCUAGAUGUUUUUCAGAUGAUGUUAUUGAUGAAAUAAUAAUAAUUUUUCACUUACUUCCGUGUUUUGGCAGCCAUUUUGGCGCAUCAUCUACUUAGAAUUGUGACGUCAUCGGUAACGUAAUCUUUUCGCGAGAUAUUGUUUUUAUCUGCGCUGUA